AUGAUAUCCGGCAUAGGCAUAGACAUCCUCUCGCUCCCCCGCUUCACCCAGUUCGUCCGGCGGCGGGGGACGGGCAAGGUGGCUCGGCGGAUCUUGACGAGUGGUGAGAUGGAGCGGUUCGUCAAGAUUAGUGGGUCGUCCUCUUCUCCUUCUCUGGGUUAUUCUUUGGGUUCUUUGGAGAAGAGCAAAGCCGGGGAGGAGAAGGAGGAUGAAGACCUGAUACAAAAACAAGUCAGAUUCCUAUCAUCCCGCUGGUGUAUCAAAGAAGCAGCCUACAAAUCCCUCACCCCCCUCCUCCCCCGCCCACCCUCUUGGAAAUCAUUCCACCUAGCCCACUCUCCCUCCGGCCAGCCUUCUUUAGACAUUGUGCAACUACCAGGGCUCGGAGGAGGAGGUGGAGAGAGGUGGAGGUUGAUGGCGACGUUAUCGCACGAUGCUGGUGUUGUUGUUGGGGUCGUUGUAGCGCUGGAUAAGCAGUUCGGAUCUGAUCACAAGUGA